AUGGGCAACCAACCCUACAUAGCGGGUAACCAACCCUACAUAGCGGGUAACCAACCCUACAUGGUGGGCAACCAAGCCUACAUGACAAGCAACCAACCCUACAUAGUGGGCAACCAACUGUACGUGGCGGCCAACCACCCCUACGUUGCGGCCAACCAACCCAACAAGGUGGGUAACAAACCCAGCAUGGCGGCCAACCAACCCAACAUGGCCGCCAACCAACCCAACAUGGCCGCCAACCUACCUUAUAAGGCCGCCAACGAAUCCAACAUUGCGGGCAACCAACCCUCCAUGGCGGGUAACCAACCCACCAAGGUGGCCAACCAACCCAACAUGGCCGCCAACCAACCCAACAUGGCCGCCAACCAACCCUCCAUGGCGGGUAACCAACCCAACAUGGCCGCCAACCAACCCUCCAUGGCAGGUAACCAACCCAACAUGGCGGCCAACCAACCGAACAUGGCGGCCAACCAACCCAACAUGGCCGCCAACGAAGCAAACAUUGCCGCCAACUAA